AUGGACUUCUCUCUGGGCCUGCGCUUGGGGCCUCGGAACAAGAAGGCAGGGCACCAACAGCCCCCUACACCCCCUGGGCAUGGCCCACCGGCUGCCUCUCCUUGUCUGCCCUGUGCCCCCUCUGCCUGUGCUGGCCCUUGUCCCGGCUGCCCCCCUCCCACCUGCUCCUGUACCGCCUGUCCCUGUCCCGGCAUCCCUGGCCCACCCUGCACCUGCUCUUGCCCUCCCUGCCCUGCCUGUCCUCCCGCGUGCCCCCACACCGCCUGCACCUCAUGCUCGGGCCCACCCCUGACCUGCUGCCACGUCUCCCCAUGCCCCCUUUACCCUUGUCCCCAGGGCCCAGCUGCCUGGCGGAACCCCCACUUGGGCUGCAGUGGAGGCCGAGUGCCUGCCUGGGGGCCUCCAGGUUCCAGCGGCUGCUGCAGGGGCCCGCGCGCUUCUCAGGGGUGCUGUCUCAUAAUCUAG